CAUUUAUCCAUAUUAUUUAUCAAAACAGUGUCAUCCAAUAUAUUAUAUUUUAUAAAAAUUUAAAAUAAUAAUUACAUGAAUGGAUAAAAAUUCUAAUAUAUAAGAAACAAAGUAGAAUAGUUAUAGAUAUAAGACUUAUAAAAGUUAAUCGUUUUUGCUACGAUUUUGCAGUUUUUGCUAUUGCAGUCUCGAAGACUAACUUUAGCAAAAUGAUAGAAAUUUUGAAUGGAUUUCUUCUUAUUUAUUUCUUAAUUUUAUGUUCACUUAGUGCUUUAGUUCCCAUUCUAGUCAAACCGAUAGUGGCCUGCUUCUCUCGACCAUCUUAUGAAGAACGUAAGCUAUGGGAUGAAAUUUUGACCCUAAAGAAUGAGCAAAAAGAAAUAUCUAUGAAGGAUGAAUUUGCUGCUUACUCAAAAUUACAAAGGAAGAUAAACAAGCUAGAAAGUGAACUGAAAGAAAAUUCACAGGCAAGACUUAGCAAAAGCAUAGCAGUCAAAGGAACAGUUCAUAUUGUCCUGCAAGCGGUGAUUGCUUUUAUUGUUAUAAUAUCUGUGAUAUGUUUCCGACGUGAGCCCAUUGUAGCUUUACAUGCCAAUCUGUUUCCAUUUUCUACAAUAUUGAAAUAUCCAAGUGAAACACCGAAUGCUAUCUCAACCCACAUGUGGGUGAUAAUGUCGAAUAUAUCAAUAAGAACAUUGUUGAAACCUAUUGUACCUUAAAUUGCUGUGUAUUAAAGUGUAUUUUGGCUCAAUA